CCACUUCUUCACUCUCAUCGCCAAAGUCAGUAAACAAACAUCACAAAACACAAAACGAAGACGACCAAAUCUCAAUUGCUAUGACGCAAUGAGCUGCGAUUAGAUACGCGUCGAAGUAUUUCACCCGCCACUAAGUGGGGAAAAGAUAAUUCAUCUGUUAAGACCGCCCCGCCCCCACUGGUUUCCUGUCAACCGCUGUCAACGCACGCCAAGCACCUCAAUUGCUCAAUUGGUCCAGUCAAGCAUCGACGAAACUGGGGAUCACCCUUGACGCCGGAGGUUAGCGCCGGAGGUAAGCGGAUUGACGGCCGACGGGUAGCUAGCACGGCAGCGAAGGUCCCGACGCCAUGGGCCCGCCGCCGCCAUCUUCUUCCUUAUCAGAUCCUCAUUCCCCGGCCGUCGCCAAUUCCUCCAGAAACAACAGACCCAAGACCAACAAAAAACCGGGUUGGAAAUCCAAAAUGUUCAGAUCCCUCCUCCACAGCGCCAAAUCCUUCGCCAUCGGCGACUCAGGCAACAAAGCCACAAAACCCGAGGAUCUGUUCCCCGUUGUUUCGAAGGAGGUUGACGGCGACGACUGCGACCACGAGUGCGCGACCUGCACCAUCACGUACCCGCGCACCUUCAAGAUCGACGAGGAGGACGAGCUGUUUGGCCAGAUCAAAGGAUGGGCAACCCAUGUGCUGGUGGCCACGGGCAAGACGGACUGGGUGCGCGAUGUGGCGGAUGAGAAGGGGAGUGUGAUGCAGGCUAUUGCGGGGGCUAAGGGGCCUGCUAACGGGAAACUAAUGCUCUCCGCCUCCAACAUGCCCACCCCCCACGACCCCCCCUCCUACUCCGAGCCCACCACCCUCCUCCUCCUGCCCGCCUUCAUUUUAAUCGAAAACGUCACUCCGGCCACCGUCCCCUUCCUUUUGGAAAAAAUCAUCUCCCACGCGCCCACCAACGCAUCCCCCCUCACCCCCUUCAGCAUCCCCCGGGCUCUGGAAGCGCCCCUUCCCGAAGCCACGCCCGCUUACAUCAAGGAACUCACCACGCGCCCCAGCCCACAUCAAGCCUUGAUCCUGCUAUGCUCGCAGAAAACAAGAGAUGCGAGGUGCGGACAGAGUGCGCCCCUGUUGAGAAAGGAGUUGCAGAGACAUUUGCAGCCUUUGGGACUGUAUAGGGAUUUGGAUGAUGAGCGGCCGGGCGGGGUGGGGAUUUAUUUUAUUAGUCAUGUGGGCGGGCAUAAGUAUAGUGCGAAUAUGUUGGUUUAUAGGCGGCCGGAUGCGUUUGGGUUGGAUCAUGUGGAGAGAGCCAAAGAAGGGGGCGGGGAACUCAAGCCGAAGAAGCCUGAGGAGUUGAGGAAAAGAAACGAGAGCGAGGAAGGCAAGGAAGAGGAGAAGAAAGUCAAAGAAGAGGGAGAGGGAGAGGAAGAGGAAGUGGGUGCCGCGCAAUGUAUCUGGUUGGCAAGGGUCAAGCCGGAGGAUUGUGAGGGUAUCGUCAAGUUUACGAUUUUGCAGGGCAAGGUUAUUAAGCCGCAGAGUCAGCUUAGAGGAGGGUUUGAUAGGCAGAGGGGGGUGUUGAGUUGGUGAUGAUGUUUCGGUUUGGUUUUAUUUAGUCUGCUUUUCAUUGUACAAUACAAUGCUGGAAAGUUUGUUAGCUUGGUUCUUCCCCCACUUUUCUAAACCAGGGGGGUACAGGGGCCUUGAUUGGCCAAAAGGGUCUGAAAGUGGAGUAAAAGUGAUCUGAGGGCAGAAUCAGCGACUCUCUCGCGCACAAAGGC